AAACCAAAAUACAAAAAAAUGAGCGCGGCUUCUAUACUCAAUCGCGCGUUGGGCAAUGCUGCCCAGAAGCUCCGAUUCGAAGAACCCACCUCCGCCAAUGAACUAACUAGCUCAGUCUUGUCCCAUCUCCGCUCCAAUCACCUUCAAAAGGCGGUCUCCGUUCUCUUUGCCUCUCCUCACCCGGUCUCAUCUUCCCUUUACGCUCAUCUCUUCCAGCUAUGUGCUUCCCGUCGCGCAGUUGUGGAGGCCCGGAAAGUGGAGUCUCAUUUGGUUAGAUUCAACCCUAACCCGCCUAUCUUUUUGUUGAACCGUGCGAUUGAGGCCUAUGGCAAGUGCGGCUGCUUGAGCCAUGCCAUCCAGCUGUUCGAGGAAAGGCCUGAAAGAGAUGGUGGCUCUUGGAAUGCAGUCAUUAACGCCUGCCGGCAGUGCCAGAGUCCCGGCCAGGCCUUGAAUUUCUUCAAGCAUAUGAGAAUUCUCGGUUGUGCACCGAAUGAGAUCACGUUCGCAGGUGUUCUGGGGUCGUGUGGCGAUUGCUUGGCCCUUGAUUUUGUCAAGCAAACCCAUGGACUUGUGGUGAGAUAUGGGUUUUCUGGGAACGUGAUUUUGGAGACUUCGCUUGUCGAUGUUUAUGGCAAGUGUAAGGCUAUGCGAGCAGCAAGGAGGAUGUUUGAUGAGAUUGAGUUUCCCAAUGAUGUGACCUGGAAUGUCCUUGUUAGGCGGUAUCUUGAGGUUGGGGGUCGAAAGGAGGCGGUGAGUGUUUUCUCCCAGAUGUUGCAUACAGGUGCUUGGCCAUUGAGUUUUACCGUCUCUAAUGCACUCGUUGCAUGUUCAGGUAUACAUGCAAUUCAGGAGGGAAUACAGAUACAUGGAGUUGCAAUUAGGAGAGCCUUUUUCGAUGAUGAGGUGGUUUUGAGCUCUCUCGUUGACAUGUAUGUCAAGUGUGGUAGAUUGGAGAGUGCUCGAAGGGUUUUCAAUCAGCCUGGUUCGAGAGAUUUGAUUUCCUGGACUUCUAUGGUGUCAGGAUAUGCAUUGGGCAGUAAAACGAGGCAGGCUAGGGAACUUUUUGAUGAGAUGCCUGAGCGGAAUAUUUUCUCAUGGAAUGCAAUGUUGGCUGGGUAUACUCGCUCUCUCCAGUGGGAAGAUGCGUUAGAUUUUGUUUUUCUGAUGUGCAAUAAGAUUGAAGAGUUUGACCAUGUUACUACUGCACUGUUGCUGAAUCUGAGUGCUGGCCUUUCAGAUGUUGAAAUGGGGAAACAGGUGCAUUGCUUCUCUUACCGCCACGGUCUGAAUUUUGAUGUUCUUGUUGGAAAUGCUCUUCUGGACAUGUAUGGGAAAUGUGGGAACUUGAGAAGUGCUAGGAUUUGGUUUUGUCAAAUGAGCGAAGUACGGGAUGACAUUUCCUGGAACGCUUUGUUGACUAGCUAUGCGCAUCAUGGCAUGAGUGGACAAGCUGUGACAAUGUUUGGUGAGAUGCAAUGGGAAACAAAACCAAGCAAAUACACAUUUGGAGUUCUUCUUGCUGCUUGUGCAAAUAUUUCUUCUCUUGGAAGGGGCAGACAAAUUCAUGGUUUCAUAACUAGAAACAAUUAUGAUAUGGAUUUGGUGAUGACUGGAGCUUUGGUAGACAUGUACUUUAAAUGUAGCCGUCUUGAAUAUGCUAUGCUGGUCUUUAGGCAAUCGAUCUCGCGUGAUCUGAUUCUUUGGAACUCCGUUAUUUUUGGACUCUGUCGCAAUGGAAAGGGUAAGGAAGUUAUUCAAUUGUUUGAAUUUAUGCUCAGCGAAGGAGUAAGGCCAGACCAUGCCACGAUCCUUGGAGUCUUGCAAGUGUGUGUUCAUGAGGGCAACGUUGAGCUCGGUCUCCAAUAUUUUGAUACAAUGAGUCAUGAUUAUUUUAUCUUACCUCGACUGGAGCACUAUGAGUGCAUAGUUGAGCUAUUAUGUCGAUAUGGAAGCACAAGCCAGCUUGAGAAUUUUCUGAAGAGGUUGCCAUUUGAUCCUACUGCUUUCAUGUUGACAAGAGUCGUUGAUGCUUGUUCAGAGUACAAGUGUUCAAGAUUAGGUGAAUGGGCCGCUCACCGGCUGAAUGAGUUCAACAAAUUAUAAACUUUAGCCUCUGAGUUAACAUGAGCCAGGUUGAGAGUUUUCUUAAGAGGUUUCCAUUUGAUCCUACUGUACCCAUGUUGACAAGAGUCUUUGAUCAUAUAGGCGGUGCAAGUGUUCAAGAUUAGGGGAAUGAGCUCUCACCUUCUGAAUGGAUUCAACUGUUUAUGAACUUUUUUUGCCGAGUUAUGAUAGUAAAACUGCAUAUUUGGAGCAAUUUGGGUUUAUGUUCGUGACAACAGUGAUCUCAGAAUCAGCUAGUGCCGACAUAAAUAGAUGCUGAAGUUGAGGUGAGCAUGUGUACCUGAUUGUCUUCUCGUAUGGGUGCAUGAAUUUCUUACUAACUUGAGUUCAUGGACAGAAAGAAUAAUGAUCUAACUUGAGAAAGACAAACAGCAAUUAUGCAGCAGCUUGAUAAGUAUUCAGAAGUUUUACAAUGACUUAGUGUUGGGUCCUUUAGUUUUGCAAUUUUGAAUAUGAGAGACUUGUUGGUGUUUUAAUGUAUAUGACCUCUUCUUUUUAGAUGAUGAUUAGUUUCAUGUCUCCCAAGCUAGCCACACGCUCGUGAUAAGAGCGGCGAGAUUUGAGAAAUGGGUUUUAUGUCGGCACCUGAUUUUCCUCAUCAGGGCCAUCUGGUACUUGAUGAAAUGGGCUUUACACAUUGCUCUUAUCAUCAGGGGUUUCUUAACUACACCGUUAUUGAUUGCCCUCUUCUGACGUAGUUAUUUGAUCCUCAAAUACAAAAUGGUGAUUGCUCCUUCACUUCCUCGUCCCGCUUUUUUGAAGCUGCUGUCUUAGAUCAAUCUGAACUAUCGAAUGACCAAUUAUAAUCCUAUUUAGACCGUUUUCCCUUUUCCUCAGAUUUUUAGACCGCUGGCUAAUGCUUCGUUAAUCGCGAGCUUUAUAUUUCUUUGCAGAUGAUCCCUGUAAACCCACUUUUUCCAACAGCAUCACAUGGAUAAGUAUGCAUGGACCAGAAAGCUGUAAAGAAAGUCUCCAGCCUUGGGGAUCUUUGAUUCAAUGUGGAUGGUCGAAGUACCCCACAUUCCACUACAAACAAGACAUGAAAUUGAAGGUAUUUGCCUGAACUCCAUCCUCAUUAUUAGCGUCUUAUAUUGCAUGCGUACGUUUAGCGAUAUAAUAUCAUACAAAUUAUGAUGCUCGUUGCUCAGCAUUGUCUUUGCUUAGAAUCAUUGUAAGAUUCCUUUACCAGCCUAACGACAACUGGUCAAAAUGGUCAACAUUGGGUUAACCGUAACAGUUUCUACAACACCAGGAGAAGCAUGUUUAUGAUUACAUCAGUGAGAGCUUUGCUUAGACAAACCAAGAUGUUAUUGUUUGCUUGAUUGCUGACAGAAAGUAUGAAAAUCCUACACCUCCUAUAAGAAAAGCUGAUUUCACCUUUUCCUGGAAGGUGUUCUGUGGUGGAACAAGGUUUAGAAUUCAGUAGUGUCAUAGAUUAGACAGGCCAUAAGUGGGUACUCUGAUGGAUAACAACUAUGCGUGUUACUGGUUAGCUGUAGAAAACGAAGUAGGAGAAUGAGAAUUUAUACAGUAAGGUUCAUAUUGGUCGAAUCUAGUCUGUUUUCAUAGAAUGAUACUUCUCUAAGAAAAGAAAUUAUUCAGGUCGGGUUGUGUGUCGUCCAUAUGUACCCCUUUUGUUGGCAAUGCAAACCAACUGCAACUAUGUGUCAGACCUUAAUGACAAACAGAUCAUGGCCAAGGUGACACAUUUCCAACUGUAUUUUAUUUAACUCCAGAAAGGAAUCAAUCAUGCACAACCCCUACAUAAAUAAAAUCGUUUAGUAGUACUACUGAAAAUAUUUUGCUAAUUAAUUGUGUGAUGAAAAUCUUUAUAGGAGGGUUAAUAACAGAAACAGUAAGCUUAAGGUAUGUGGUUGUGUCCAAAAAGUAAUGGGAUGUUUGGUUGGGCAUAAACGGUUUAAUCUUAA